AUGGAGCGGCAGCGCAAGGCACAGGCGCGGCAUCUCGCGUUGCUUUCGCGCGACGCUCCUGUGAUGAAUCGGUGCGCCAAGGAAGAGGCGCAUUUGAAGCAGCGACUGGCGCAGUCCACCGCCGUCCUCACACGAAGCGCACGGCAGAACCAGGCAGCGGCAGAGCGCGAAGAGCGUGCCCGAACGGCCCAGUUACAGGCCCAGUUCUCCGCCAUUCUGACUAAAACACCAGAGGUCCGCGUGCCAGGCCCUGACACCACCACCAAUGUACGCAGUGCGGCAGAGGCGGCCCCUGUAGUGGCCGUAGAAAGUGUCGCCGGAUCGAAGCCGCGCGCGGCAGCGGAGUGCGCACGAUCCGGACUGCCGGUGGCACCGUCGCACCCUGCUGCUGCGGCGGAAGGCGUGGCUGCGCCGUCUUCGUCGUCCCCGGCGUGUUUUCUCGGGUUCCCGGAGCCUUUCAAGAACAGCGGCUUCAAGUCCGUUGUACACUGGGCCUCUGUUUCGUAUGAUGAGACGUUUCUCACGGCUUACGGUCCUCGCCGGCUUCGCGAGGAGCUGCAGACGGGCACCGUGGCCGCGGCGGGCGGCGCGCCGACUGCGCGCGACGCUCGUCCACACCGACUGCUGGCCGCAGUUGCGUGCUAUUUGCUGAACGAGGUGCUAUGCGCCGACGCAGCGGUGUCCUCUUUAUGGCAAGAGAAACUGCGUCAGCCCAUUUUCGACGCUGUUUUUAGUUCCCAGUCCAUCGCUGCAGGCGAGCAGAAGCGCAGAGCCUGUCAGUGUGUCGGACCGGCCGGCAAUGAGGCGACGCGGUCGAACGCUAUUGUGCUGCAAUCGUUGGGGCCUGCCGCUGUUGCGGCUCCAAGCACGUCAGCGGAGGGAGAUGUUGAAACGUGUGCCGCCGCGGCGUCUCCCGCGUCCUUCGCGCCGCCACCACUGGACACUUUGUUUCCCCCGCGCACCAACGUCUACGCCAGUCGCGACGACUUCGCCACGAUGCGUCUGUGGACGGAAGAGGUGACGGCCGAGCAGCGCGAGAAGGCGAUUGUGUGCCGGCGUGUGCGCAGCCUGCAGCAAGUGAUGGAGCGCCGCAUGGAGCUCCUGCAGGUGUACCAACGGCAAAGAAACGAGGCGAUACUGCGGUCCAUCUUUACGGUGUGGCGCACGAACACGCGGCAGUGCCGCGCGCGUCGUAUCGUCAUGGAGCGCUAUCUCGAGAAUCGGCACUGUCGCGUACUGGAGGAAAGCGUGUUUCUGCGGUGGCGACGCGUGACGUUGCAGGCCAAGGUAGAGUCGCUCCAGCGUCGCAUGUUGAACAUGGUAGCUGAGCACGUCGAGGCCGCUCGCAAGAGCGCUGCUGCCCUGGCCGCCGUGCAGGAGCAAGUGAGCAGUGAGCGGCGGCGACACCAGCAGGCCGCCUUCGAGCAGGACGCGCUGCACACGCAGAUCUUAGAGAGUCACAGCAUGGAGGUGGAGGCUCUUCGGCUGGUGCUGCAUCAACAACGGUCUCACGCCUCCGAGGUAGGGAAGUGGGCGAAGCGGUGGGAGCGUUUAGCGAAGACCUUUCGGCCUGCGACAGCCUGCCCUGCCGUCUCCCCAUCGAUGUGGACCUUGACGCUUGCGCUGUACAGCUCCGAGGAGAAGGCAGUGGCGAAGGUGCUCGGCAAAGGCGGCGACCGGAGAGUGCUGAAGCAGAUGCCGUACUCGAUGAUGUUGCCAGUGCGGGAGCGGCUGGAAGGGCUGCUGCUGGCGUGGGUGAACGCCGUCAUGGAGAAAUCACCUCUGGCCGCGUCGUGGGUGCCGCUGGAGAAGUUCAUGCACGGCAGCACGACCCACCCGGUGAGCAUUUUGGUCUCGCAGAAGGCAGAGACGGACGCGCCGUCGCGAGCGCGAACCACUGCGGCAACCGGCGCCAACAUCGCAGCGGAGUCGUUCAUGUCCGAGUUCGGCGUCUACACGCUCAUGGAAUUUGUCCGCGAGCUGCGUCGACUGUACAUUCUCGCGGGCAAGUUAUCCGACCCCGACAUCGCGGAGUCGCGGCUGACAAGCAAUUGCACCGCUCUCUCCAAGUGCUUUCGCGACGUUGUGCAGCUCCUGUCCGUGCAGACCUGUGCGGGUCUCUACCCGUCCUUACUGACGCACUGCCCUUCGCUCUCACGGUGGUUCACCCCGGCAGGCAUCUUUGGCGGACCGACGAAUUCGUUCGAGGGCGCAGGGCGGGAGCGGCGGCUGCAGCACACCAUGUUCGUCUGGCUCCUCACCGCGCUGCUGGUCGGCCACAUUCGGAUGGUGAUUUUGGCACCGGCGGGGGAGAAGGACGACGGACUGCCGCACCCGGCGUCGAGCGCGGCGAGUCUGCGAUGCUCGCGGGAGGCCGUCCUCGAGACCGUUCCCCAAAUCAACUUUCCGGUAAAGCGGAGGGCAGCGGCAGCUGCGGCGGCGGCGAUUGCUGCUCUACCAGAGCGUGAGGAAGACACCGACACGUCGACAUCGGCGGGCGGCCCGAGCGCGCCCUCCCUCGGCACGUCCAUCGUCGCGCAGAACACCCUUCUCUCCAAGAGGCCGCCGAAUGCUGCCAACAGUAAAGUUUCCAUCGCCUCUUCCGAGCCGACGAGGAGCGUCAUCACAGGUGAGAGCGGCGCUUCGACGGCGGGGUCGCCCCGUCGCGCAGAUGGUGCUGAGGCUCUCCUGAAGGGCGUGGUGACGCUCGAGACGGCGCUGCGGGAGCGCAGUCAGCAAGCGGGGGCACCCCUGACGGACGGCGAAGACUCCUUGUCGGACAUCGAGGCCUAUCUCGGGCUUCUCUCCACGCAGGCGCGUACGUUACGGAGGUCGGGGAGCAACCACGCGAAGGCGACUGGCACUGCAGGACCGAAGGAAACGGUGACGGGGGAUGGCACCAGCAACAAGGAAGACGACGAUGAUUUCGUGAAACGGCUGCUGCAGCAGCUCGUGGAGGCCAGAGAUGCGGCUGCGCGGCAUCGACGCAUCCGACGCAUGCAGGGCGCGGCGGCAUCGACGCAUCCGACGCACCACACCCAAGUGCCCUUUUCUGCAUUUCCAAACAACGACAGCGUCGACGACGACGAGGAUGACGAGUGGGACGCGCAGGAGGAUGCCGCAGCAGGGAACUGUUUUCUGCAUCCACCCAUCGAGGACCGGACGUCUGCCAUCCUGACAGAAGAGCAGCUGAUCAUCCUGCGUUCUUUGCCGUCGCGCAGCCGCGCUUUUGACGUCAUUCGAUCGGUCUGUCCUCCUGCGCCAGCGCCCUCCUCGCCGCACUCCUUAUCCUCCGAUGCCCCCAAUACGGCUGCGGUCUCCUCCACCGAUGAGCCAUCCGGCAUGUUUUAUUCUUUCCUACUCAACAUGCUGGAGGAUGUCAAGAGACGGCAGCAGUGGGCGGGCGUGGCGCGCGUCGUGACGUCCCUCGUCGUGCGCUUUCACAUCCUCGACGACGCGAACGACGGCGGGCAGCGAGCCAACAAGCUGCUCGCCAACCGAGCCGAUAUGCAGAAGGAGGAGUCUUUCUCACGGCGGCGGCUUUCCACGUCGCUGCCGUCCUUCAACACCGCCUCGUCGUCCCUCGUGAUGCUGCCGCAGUCCGCGCGACUGCCAGCCGUGCCUACCAGCACUACAGCAGCAGCACGUGAUGCGGCUGCGUCGAAGCCGCGGACGACAAAUUCGGUGGACAACUCAAACAAUGCCGCCGCAACGGAAGGUGCAUCGUCCGCGAGGGACAAGAGCCACAUGCAGCGUGUGGCAGCCAAACUGGUGCCUCUGCGUCCGUCACCGUCUCAUUCACUGUCUACCACCCCCGAUGCGUACCUUUUGGCAGGAUUUGCGAACCAUCAGACUUCUCUGCACCUGAGUGUUGCGAGCGUCGGCGAAGACCUCCUGCGCUCGACGCCGUCUGCGACAGAUUCCAGUCCGCAACCGGCCGAUAAAGAUGGCUCGUCCGCACGUGGCUUCGCCCCACCGGCGUCCUUCGCAUCGGUCUCUCCUCCUCACAGCAAGAACGGAAGUAACUCGCUUCUCAGUGCGCACGAGAUGCACGUGCUGAACGGUAAGAUGCGCGUACGACGUAAAAACACCGCGGCGGUGUCGGCCGCCGUCUCAAACUCGCAGCGGACAUCAGCAUCUGCCGACAAUACUUCCGACGCGUCACCCCAGAGGCCGUUGCACGACGAAAAGAGUUCCUUCUCCGCUCCUUCUUCCUCGGCGCUACAGCUGCCGCUUCAGCAACUGACACUGUUCUCCUCCGAAAUCUCCGCCUUGCGGACCUCGCCCCGUGACGCCGUCGUCUGCUCUGACGUUCCGCCACGUCGCCAGGAUGUGCAGGAAGACCACGAAGAGGAGGCACUGGGGGCCGAGAGGAGGGAAGCCAGCGCCUCCUUGAAGAUCCCGGACCUAUCGAUCCUGUCAACACCACAAGAAACAGGCACGGAAGUUUCGCACGAGAGAGUGCUCGGCACAACAUGUCGGAGUGACGCAACCGCUUUGCAGGACUCCCGGCUGCACGAACCCCACUCGCACUCGUCUUUUGUAGACCCGCCGUCACCACCGGCCAUGAAGGAACGCAAAGGUACGAUGCAGCCAUCGGCGUGUGAGGCGGACAAUGCGUCUCGACACCCCACUGCACCUUCUGCUCAAGCAACUGUUCCGCAGACGCGGCUGCAGACUUCACAGACCGGCGCGCAGCUGCACUUGUCCUCACUGCCACCCCCACAACGGGAAGGUGCGCGGACCGGUCCUGCGGCAGCGCCAUUGGUGCUGCCGCCUGUCGUGUCCAACACAACUGUCGACUCCGCUGCUGCUGAGGCGAAGGUCGAGGAGGGUGAAGGAACCGUGGAGGGCGACACACUGAGGAGCCCAUUAGGUUACCUGGACCCGCUCAUCGAGCACGGCGCGCCACAGAGUUCGGCUGCAACGGAGAACAUUCGCAAGGAUCGCUUUCAUUUGCAGCCGUAA